AUGGCCCGCCUGGGUACCGCCGCCGGCGCCCAGUACCUCACCUUUGCCGGCCUGGCUGGGCUGGGAGACCUGGUCGCCACCUGCUACAGCCCGCUGAGCCGCAACCGGUCUGCGGGAGAACAACUGGCCCAGGGUCGGACCUGGCCGGAGAUUCGGGACGGGAUGCAGAACGUGGUUGAGGGGGUCAAUGCCACUGGUGCCGCCCUCGCCAUGGCGGCCCGGCUGAAAGUGGAAAUGCCCAUCGCCGAAGUAACCUAUCGCAUCCUCUUUGAGGAUCUCCCCCCCAGGGAAGCCGUCGCCGAGCUGAUGGGAAGGCCACCCAACGCCGAAUGGUAG